AGAUACCUAGAAGAGCACGACCGAGCUAGGAGAAGCGCGAACGCCGUGCAUGCGCAGACGUUGAGGUCGAGGGACACGGUAUCUCUGAGCUUCAUCGGAGAGCGACCCGCCACCGCCACGCUUGGCCGCAAGCCGAGAAGAGUGCCGGGCCGGGAGACCGGACGAUUAUUGAUCCGUAGCAGAUUCGCUAAUGGCGGAGACGGCGGACAUGGAGCGGAUCUUCAAGCGGUUCGACACCAACGGCGACGGUAAGAUCUCGCUGUCGGAGCUGACGGAGGCGCUACGGACGCUGGGGUCCACCUCUGCCGACGAGGUGCAGCGCAUGAUGGCCGAGAUCGACACCGACGGCGACGGCUGUAUCGACUUCAACGAGUUCAUCACCUUCUGCAACGCCAACCCGGGGCUCAUGAAGGACGUCGCAAAGGUCUUCUGAUCCAUUACAUCUUCGUCCAACCUGCUUAUAUAUACACACACACGUACCAUUCAGCUCCAACAUAUGAUUUCGAUCGGCUUGCCUGCCUCGCCGGGCUUAAUGCUGUCUUUCGCCUUCCUAUAAGCACUAAGCUACUAUUAGGAUUUUGUUUUAUUUAACUUUUUUUUGUCUCCAAUCUAAUAUAUGUGGACUUCUUUUUUUAUUCAUUUUUCCCUAUUUUGGUUCGAUCGGAUAAGUAUUUCUAUGUAAUUAAUUAAUUCAUUGGAGAUAAGCGAUCCAUCUCCUUGUAAUUCGUAAACGAAGUACUGUAUUUCAAGGGGAAUGGUGUGCUUAUUUUUACAAUCAAUUAAUUUACUACUUCCUCUCA